AAAGGUGAUAUGCAUUUGGACUACGGUGGUGUCGCAUACGAAGCGUUCGGCAAUAGUUUUCCAAUACUGCGACCGCAUAAACGAAAAGCAAAGAUUUUCACGAACACAAUGAUUAUCAUAUUGCAAAUGGGUGUUCUGAGUGUUUUCUAUAUCUUCAUGGCACUUCAUGUUAAAGAGAUUGUCGAGACGAUAUGGCCAGAAUGCCAGCUGAGAACAUCAGUCUAUAUGUUCAUAGUGUUCGUACCUCUUGUACUGAUCAAUUAUAUUCGAACAUUGCGAGUGAUCGCCGUGUUCAGUUGGAUCGCCAAUAUCCUCAUGCUUACCUCUUUCGUUAUCAUUUUCCAGGAUUUACUGCGGUCGGAACACGUCACGAGCACACUGCCAUGGAUAACAGAUUUUGACAGUUUAGCAACUGCGGCCGGAGCAAUAUUGUAUUCGUUUGAAGGCCAAGCCAUUGUGAGUGCACAUUCAAUUCAUGCGGGAUUUCGAAAGCAUCAAUUGACCUGA